AUGCAAAAGGCUAUUGAAAAUAGACUCUACCACAUCGAAUAGUUAGCAGAAUCACUGAAGUCAAGCACUUCAGUAGAAUAGACCAGAAUUAUGAGCAGCUUACAGGAGAUCGCCAAAACUCUUAAAAGCAUUUCCAAAACUGAGAUUGAAUUAAAUUAAAAGAACAAACAACUUGAUCAUGUUACCAUGGAGGCUGUCAUGUAAAAAUAAACAAUACAAAAAUUAAAGGACUAAUAAAAUCAUUACAAAAUCGACAAUGAGGGAUAUUUAAAACAGUUGAGUCUCUCCUAGCAGGAUUAGCAUAAGUUAUGCAGAGAUCUGUUGCAGUAGAAAAGAGUGGGGGAUGAACAGUAUAAGAAAAUCAAGUUCCUAGAGAAAAGGAUAGAAAUGAUGUUGGAGAAAAAUCUAUAUUCCCAUUCCGAAGAGCUCAGGAAUACAUUGUCAGAAUUGAUCAGGGAUAACGAAUAACUCAAACGGGAUCUAGUAAAAAAGGAGAAGGAGAAUGAAAGACUCAAGGAUUUAAAUUCCAAAUUACUUUAAUAAAAUAAUAGAUUGACAAAAAAGUUAGAUUCCUUAAAAACCAAGAAAGUUGGGGUUAAAGAAACUGUAACUGAAAGUUAAUAGAUUUCCAAUUAUGCCUUCAAUCCCAACUCCUUACCAAGCAAUCUAGAAUUCAGAUUGAACGACCUUGAUAAUGACGAUUGUGAUUUCUUAUUGGAUUUAAUUGAACAUGGACCAGAAGUCUUUACAAAUCAAGUUGUCACACUCGAGUCUGUUCAACAAAAAAAAGAUCUAAUCAAUCUAGUGGCAUCUCAAUUUAUAAGUGCAAGAGAUUUCUCUGAAAAGAUAAAUUAAAUAAUGAACGAAUUUAUAACUAUGAUCAGUUACAAGAGCAUUCAAGAUUUUCAAAUACAUGUAAGCAAAGCAUUUCGAUCUAUUUUUGGAACUGAAAUAGUUCAUCUAUGGAUAAUUGACGGUAUGACCUGUAGAGCUCAGACUUAUGAUUGCAAUGGAGCUCAACACGUUGCCUUGCUGACUGAUGGUGUCUUUAGUUAAUUGGUAUUUGAGGAUUACGGGAUAAGAAGUCCAUCGAAAAAAUAAGAACUGCUCUAUAUAACAGAGAACAAUGAAGUUUUUGGCAAAAACUUUCUCUUACUUCCUAUUAUGGGAAAUAGUUCAAAGCCUUGUGGAAUUCUAGAAAUUCAAAACAUUUAAGAAAAUUUAUUCCUAGAUUCUCAAUAUUAUGGGUUAUUGAUCAAUAUGUUAAGUAAGUCAGUGGUUUAAAGUAUUUUGGAUUUCGAAGCCUUAGUUAAAGAGCUCAAUUACAGGGAUCUCUUCUAUAGAUGCUUCAAUAGGUUGAUCCAGUGUAAGGACAAAGACCAUUUUUGUGCAGCAUUACAAGAAUCUGCAAUGUAAAUAUUUCAAAUCGCUUAAACCAAAUUAUUAUUCAUUGAGAAUAAUCAGUUUUCGAUCUAAGGCAGAUCUUAUCAAUUACAGGCUGGGUGUGCUUAUUAGAUUUAUUUAAAAGGCAAACCUCAAAUAUUCACUUAAAUUACUAGACAAGAUCAUUUUGAUGAAAAUACAGAUAUCUCCUCAAUAUUACCUGUGUUCAUUGCACCAAUCUAUUUGAAUGACUAAGUUUCAGCCAUCUUACAAUUUAUACUAAAGAGGAAAUAAAUGAUUGAUAAACAUCCAUUUGGAAAUUAGGCUAAUAUUGGGUUCAGAUUAGACACCAUUGAUUAAGACGCCCAGAAAUUUUAUGAAAUAGUAUAGAAUGCCUUUUAGAUUGUAUUUAGAUGA